CGGAGGUUUAGAGCUCAAUCGAAUCAAUCUUUUCCUUCCAUCACUAUCACCACGACCACUUUCGUUUUACCCCAUACCACUCUCCCUUCUGCCCCUUCGACUGUUUCACGAUGGCAUCGUCGUCAUCGGACCCAUCGACGGUGCCAUUGUCUAUGCUGCGAGGCCAGCAGCAGCAGCAGCAGCAUCAGCAUCGACGCGCCAACAACGAGACCUCCCCGCCUGCUCACUACCCUCGUUUGCACGACCCCAGCAACCCUCACUAUCACGAGGGGAUGGAGCCAGGCAAUCAAGGCCACACAAGCGUAGCAGAAGAUGACCAGCAGCGACAUCAUGGUCAUGUCAAGAUUGGUUCAGCUCAUGUCCCGAGAGGUGCAUACCAGAAAGCGCAUGACCGCGACGACUACGACGACGAUGACGGUGCCGAUCUCGCAGCGCCUCAUCCACCCUUCUCUUCCAUGCCCUCUGAGGCAGGCAAGAAUGGUCGUCACUCUCGAGCAUCGUCAAUUGCCGCUUCGUCUGCAGACGAGACGGAUGACUUCGAUUGGGACACGUCCGACGACGAGGAAGAGGAGGCUCAAGUCAACGCCAAGCUGCGAGCCAAGCGUGGUCGUAAGGUCUACCUCUUCUGUAUGCGCUUGGCACGCCCCGUGCGCGUCCUGCUCAUGGGCGCAUUCGUCACUGCUCUCUUUCUCGUGCCCCUCUUCGUCUCCCUAUUCGCCAUCGAUCGCAGCAACCCCGCUCGCCCCCAUGUCGAGAGCUGGAGUAUCUGGCUUUCCAUCAUAGCAGCCUCGUCUGCAGGCACCUUUAUCGUUCUCGACUUCUUGCCUCCCGUUAUCCUCCGCCUUGCCAUCGCCGUUUACGGUCGCGCGCCGGAGGUCUUCAAGACGUACCUGGAAGUGGCCAUGGGCUGCCUUGUCUACGUCAAGCUCGUCCUCUGCGUCGCCUGGGCCUGGAUUGCUUUGGGUGGCGUCAACGCGGCGGUAUGGUCUGGUGGUGUUGGUCCUCGUCCCACCUACUGGAAAUGGGUUGAGCGAGCGGUCAAGGCCAUUUUCGCGACUGCCAUCAUCCUCGCCGUUGAAAAGUUUGCUCUUCAUGGCAUCGGCGUCAACUUUCACAAGGAAGCCAUCAAGGACCGCCUCGAGGAGAACCAAAAGGCGUUGCGAUACCUUGACAAGCUGCAUGCCAGCAAAUACAUGCGUGAGACAAGUGGAUCCAAUACCAAGCGUCAAUCAGGCAACUGGGCACGAAUGGGCUUUGGUGCUGGUUCAAAGCCACCCAGCCCGGGUGCAAAUGCUGGUCUGGGCUCGCGAGGUUACUUCCCAGAGGCAAUGGACCAGAAUCAGCCCGCCUCGGGUCAUCAGCAUCACCACAGCCUCUUUCACCACCACAACCACCCUGAGACGGCAUCAAGCGAGCAGCUGCGCAAAGCCAAGGUUGAUCGCAAGGCCAAUUUCGCUGCCCAGCUGCAAGAUGCCCUUGCCACUGCCACGAUGAAGGACUCAAAGCUGUACAAGAAGUCCUCUGGCUCCCAAGCAUCAGCACGCCGCCUCGCCAAGAAGCUCUUCCAGAACCUGGGACGACAUCGCAAGACGCUCGUUGCAGAAGACUUCAUUCCUUACUUCAAGAGCGAGACCGAAGCGCGCGAGGCCUUUGCUCUCUUCGACAAGGACAAGAAUGGCGACAUCGACAAGAGCGAGAUGCGCGACGCAGUGCAGCGCAUCUAUCGUGAUCGCCGUGCGCUCACCACCUCGCUCAAGGACAUUAACUCUGCCCUCCAGAAGCUGGACGGCGUCCUCCUCUUCAUCUCACUCAUCAUCGUCGUCUUCAUCUGGCUGCUCAUCUUCAGCCCCACUUCCACAGUCAGCAACCUGGUCCCACUCUCUACCAUCGUCCUCGGUUUCUCCUUCGUCUUCGGCAAUUCGGCCAAGCAGAUUUUUGAGAGCAUGAUCUUCAUCUUUGCGACUCACCCGUACGAUGUGGGAGAUCUGGUCUGCAUCGACGACAACUGGAUGUUCGUCAAGGAAUUCGGUCUCAUUUCCACGGUCUUCACGACCGUUGUCAAUCAAACGGUGGUUGCGCCCAACGCUCUUCUCGCAUCGCAGAAGUACAUUCACAACUCGCGCCGCUCAGGCACUCAAUGGGAGGUCACCUUCAUCCAGCUGCCAUUCGAUACGGCGCUGGCAAAGAUUGAUGACUUCCGCCGCCUGCUUCGCGCCUGGAUCAAAGAGAACGAUCGCGAGUGGGGAGGUGGGCUGGAAGUCAAUUAUGAUUCCAUUACGAAUCAGACGGCCGUCCAGCUCGUGAUUGCCAUGGAGCACAAGGGCAACUGGCAGGACUGGGGUACGCGUUGGAGUCGCCGAACGAAGCUCAUGCGACAGGUCAAGGUCAUCUCCGAGGAGCUUGGCAUUGAUGCGACGCCUAUGCCGCGCCAGCCGGUGUCGUACAUCAAUCCUAGGGCCGCUGGCGUUGGGCCGCGCUCCUCUGGUCCUCGUGUUGGCGACACCGGCCCUGCAGGCGCUGCCGGGGCUCAGCCUGGUGUAGGCGGACAAGCGGGCAGUGCCGGUGGGUUUGGUGGUGGAAUGGCGAUCGGCGGUGUCGGCACUGGAUUCGGGCCAAACAUUACCGACAAGGGUAAGAGCACGUAAACGCUCCCCGCGAUCAAUAUUGCCAUAGGUAUUCAGGGCGAGGCGGAGGGCCGGUCCCCCGUCUCUAUUAGACAGAACAAGUAAAGCAUCAUCCAGCAUCACAGGAAUCAUCUCGACAUCACAACACAGGGCCGGCGCCGAGUAAGCGUCUCGGCGACCUUCCCACUUUGCAUCUUCAGCAAGAUCAUCAAGAGUACCCUCAUUCUCAAACUCAUUUUGAAUCUCAUCCUCCACGUACGAAAUUCUUGCUUCCUUUCAUGCGCACGACGAAUGGACCAUCUACCUUUCCGUUGCUUCCCUCUCCCACGAUGACUUCAGAAAUGACCAAGUAGACGAUUUUCUGUCCUUUCUCUCCUCGUGUCAUGCAGACC